AUCAAGGAUGAUCUUUCUGGGCGUACAUAUGUACUUUUAGAAAAAUGUUUGAAUGUGCUGUAUAAGGAUCCUAAAAAAGCAAAAUAUACAGUAUUGCAAAAAUUUUCUGGUAAAGAAAUGAAAGGAUGGGAAUAUGUUCCAUUAUUUGACUAUUUUGUUUCUCAGUUUAAAGGUAAAGGUUUCAUUGUAGUCAAUGAUAAUUAUGUCACUGAUGAUAGUGGAACGGGAAUAGUACAUCAAGCUCCGGCAUUUGGUGAAGACGAUUACCGUAUAUGCCUUGAAAAUAGGAUUAUUAGCGAAGAUGGCUCACUUCCAUGUCCAGUUGAUGAACAAGGUCGUUUCACUCAAGAAGUGACCGAUUUUGCGGAAAUCUAUGUCAAGGCUUUGAAACAUAAAGGCCGACUAAUUAUUCAAUCCCAAUUAACGCAUAGUUAUCCUUUCUGUUGGCGUUCAGAUACUCCCUUGAUAUACAAAGCUGUUCCUUCAUGGUUCGUUCGAAUCAAGCCGAUCAUUGACAAAUUACUAGACAACAAUAAAAAAAGUUAUUGGGUUCCUGAUUUCGUUCAAGAAAAGAGGUUCGCUAACUGGGUCAUGAACGCACGUGACUGGAACGUUUCUAGAAAUCGUUAUUGGGGUACUCCAAUUCCUCUUUGGGUUAGCGACGACUAUAGCGAGAUCGUUUGUAUUGGUUCGUUAGCAGAAUUAGAAGAAUUAUCUGGAUGUGAUAAAUUGACUGAUAUUCAUCGUGAUAAAGUUGAUCACAUAACUAUCCCUUCAAAGAAGGGAAACGGUCAAUUGAGAAGAGUAGAAGAAGUUUUUGACUGCUGGUUUGAAUCUGGCAGUAUGCCUUAUGCCCAAUGUCAUUAUCCCUUUGAAAACAAAGAAAAAUUUGAAUCAUCUUUUCCUGCUGAUUUUAUCGCAGAAGGAUUAGAUCAAACCCGUGGAUGGUUUUAUACUCUUAUGGUCUUGUCGACUCAUUUGUUUGAUAAACCUGCAUUUAAAAACUUGAUUGUUAACGGUUUGGUUUUAGCAUCCGACGGGAAAAAGAUGAGCAAACGGCUCAAAAAUUAUCCCGAACCCACGUCUAUCAUCAAUAAAUAUGGUGCUGAUGCUUUGAGAUUAUAUCUUAUUAACUCUCCGGUAGUUCGUGCCGAACCCUUGAAAUUUAAAGAAGAGGGAGUCAAAGAAGUUAUUUCAAAAGUGUUUUUACCUUGGUUUAAUGCUUAUAGAUUCUUCAUAUCACAAGUGGUUCUUCUUCAGAAGCAAUCAACCAACGUUAUGGAUAGAUGGAUUUUAGCGUGUUCACAAAGUUUAAUAAAAUUUGUUCGAGAAGAGAUGAAAGUGUACCAUUUAUACACAGUCGUACCUCGACUACUUAGUAUGAUUGAACAGUUGACAAAUUGGUAUGUUAGGUUUAACCGCAAGCGUUUGAAAGGAGAAAAUGGUUCCGAAGAUGCUGUGAACGCACUAAAUGCACUCUAUGAAGUAUUGUUUACCUUAAGUCGUUCUAUGGCUGCAUUUACUCCUUUCCUUACUGAAUAUAUGUAUCAAAGUUUACGAAAAUAUCUUCCAUCAUCUAAUUCUACCGAAGAUCUUCGCUCAGUGCAUUUCUUAUCGUUCCCGGAAGUUCGAGAAGAGUAUUUCGAUUUAGAGAUUGAGAGAUGUGUUUCACGUAUGCAAUCAGUUAUAGAAUUGGGCCGUUAUAUUCGUGAGAAAAAAAAUAUUGGACUUAAGACACCUUUAAAAGAACUGAUUGUCAUUCAUUCGGAUCCUCAAUAUCAUUCUGAUGUUCUAUCGCUAAAGAAUUAUAUUGUUGAGGAACUAAAUAUUAAAAAUCUUAUUGUCACAUCUGACGAAGAUAAAUAUGGUAUUAAAUAUCGAGUAGAAGCCGACUUGAAAGUAUUGGGUCAGAAACUGAGAAAGGACCUUAAUAAGGUUAAAAAUGCUUUACCUGAACUGACCUCCGAGCAAGUUAAAGAGUUUGUUCAAACUAAAGAGAUUAUGACUAGCGGAAUUAAAAUCGUCGAAGAGGACCUGCAAGUGAUCAGAUAUUUCAAGGAUGCUAAUAGUCAUUAUGAAACGAACAAUGAUAAGGAUGUCCUGAUCCUUUUGGACGUACAAGUUUAUCAAGAUUUACAAGAAGAAGGAUGUGCACGAGAAAUUGUUAAUCGUGUGCAAAGGCUUAGAAAGAAGGCGGGAUUACAUCCUUUUGAUCCAGUUUUAAUGUAUUAUAAAUUUACAAAAGAUAUUGAUAAUCAAAUUGAAAAGGUCUUAAAAUCUCAAUCGGAUUUUAUUAUUAAAGUUUUGAAACGUCCUCUUUUACCUGUUUCUGAAAAAUCCGAAGGUGGCGAAAUUAUUAUAGAGGAAGAACAAGAGAUUAAUGAAUCUACUUUUAUUUUAAGUUUUAUCAAGGAUUGGUAA